AUGGUUUCUAUCGCUAACCCACAUUCCGAUUUAAUACACGAUACAGCAUUAGAUUAUUAUGGUAAACGUCUGGCAACUUGUUCAUCAGAUAAGACAAUCAAGAUUUUCGAUAUCGAAGGUGGAAAUCAGAGAUUAGUUGAUACAUUAUUUGGUCAUGAAGGUCCAGUAUGGAGAGUUGAAUGGGCUCAUCCAAAAUUUGGUAAUACUUUAGCAUCUUGUUCAUACGAUGGUAAAGUUUUAAUCUGGAAAGAGGAAAAUGGUAAAUGGAGUCAAAUCGCUGUUCAUUCAACUCAUACUGCAUCUGUCAACUCAGUUAAGUGGGCCCCACAUGAAUACGGUGCUUUGUUGUUGGCAGGUUCUUCUGAUGGUAAGGUUUCCAUCAUCGAAUUUGAAGAAAAUGGAUCUUUGACACCAAUUGUCAUUGAUGCCCAUUCGAUUGGUGUUAAUUCAGUAUGCUGGGCUCCUGCAGUUGUAGAAGAACAAAACAAAUCCCUGAAACAACUUCGCCGAUUUGUCACAGGUGGGGCUGAUAAUUUAGUUAAGGUUUGGAAAUACGAGUCCAAUAGCAAAACGUACAGUUUAGAAGAAUCAUUAGAGGGCCAUUCCGAUUGGGUUAGGGAUGUUGCUUGGUCUCCAUCUUUGCUAUCACAAUCAUACAUUGCUUCUGUUUCUCAGGAUCGUACUUGUGUGAUCUGGACACAAGUAAAUAAUGAUGGACCAUGGAAGAAAACAUUACUAAAAUCAGAAAAAUUUUCGGAUGUCUUAUGGAGAGCAAGUUGGUCUUUGUCAGGAAAUGUUCUAGCAAUUUCCGGUGGUGACAAUAAAGUUACUUUAUGGAAGCAGAAUCUAAGUGGAUCAUGGGAUUCAGCUGGUGAAGUUCAGCAAUAA